AUGGCUUCCAUUCUGGACGACUACCAAGACUCCAUCUCUCACUCGGCCUCUUCGCAGCAGACCCGCAGCAGCCUGGGCAUCCCGCACACCGGUUAUGUGAAUGCUCGGCUGGAAAAAGAGACUCACAUUUUUAACAAACAGAGGAUUGACUUCACCCCUCCAGAAAAGAUUAACAGCCUGGUGGUCUCCUCUAACCAGCUAUGUAUGAGUCUUGGGAAGGACAUCAUUUUUAGGCUUGACCUGGCCAAAGCAGAUGAGCCUAACCAGGUAGAGCUUGGGCGAAAAGAUGAAGUCAAAGUUUACAAGCUAUUUCUGGACCACACAGGCUCUCACCUUGUUAUUUCCCUGAAUACCAGUGAAUGCCUCUAUUUGAACCGAAAUGCUCAGAAGGUGCGGCCCCUGUCUCGGUGGAAAGGUCACUUGAUCGAAAGUGUGGGUUGGAACAAGUUCUUGGGCUCGGAGACCAACACAGGCCCGAUUUUGGUGGGAACAUCCCAAGGUCAUAUAUACGAGGCUGAGAUUUCUAUCAGCGAGGGCGGACUCUUUGGCACUACCCCUGACCAGUACUUCCGCUUCAUUUACAACUUGGAGGAGGAGGCAGGGCCCGCCCCGUUGUGCUGUCUAGAGAUAGAACGAGGAAUCGAUGGAAAAUGUUUUAUCAUUGCCACCACUCGUAAGAGACUCUUCCAGUUUGUUGGUAAGAUUCCAGAAGGGGCUGAUCAGCCAGGCUUUGGAGCUCUAUUUAGCAUGCCUUCUAAUCAUCUACCCGGUUUCCGUGAGUUUCCGGCCAGCUUUGGCUACACCGAGAUAGCGUUCUACACUCCAAAGCUUCGCUCUUCUCCAAAUGCUUUUGCUUGGAUGAUGGGAAAUGGUGUCCUGUAUGGAUCGCUGGACUAUGGACGUCCCGACUCUAUUCUGAGUGACGAGCAAGUCUGGGAAUAUCCUUCUGAUGUUGAUGUUAUGGUCAACAAGCCCAUCUCCAUAGUGCUCACCCAGUUCCAUUUCUUGCUGCUGUUUCCUGACCAAGUGAAGGCAGUCUGCACUCUGAAUGGGCAAGUUGUCUUCCAGGAUGUGUUCCUGGACAAGUUUGGGUCAUUAAUACGUAUGAUCAAAGAUCCUUCAUACGGACAAAUCUGGAUUCACACAGAAAAGGUGGUGUUUCGGUACAAUGUACAGCGAGAGUCCCGAGAUGUGUGGAAGAUGUACAUGAACAUUAACAAAUUUGAUUUGGCCAAAGAGUAUUGCAAGGACCGUCCCGAAUGUCUGGAUAUCGUCCUGGCAAAAGAGGCAGAACACUGCUUCCAGAACAAGAGGUACCUCGACAGUGCUAAGUGUUAUGCUUUGACCCAAAAUUAUUUCGAGGAGAUUGCCCUUAAAUUUAUUGAAGCCAAGCAGGAAGAAGCAUUGAUGGAGUUUCUCCUUAAGAAGUUGGCUAGCUUGAAGCCCUCUGAAAAGACUCAGACCACCCUGCUGACCAUCUGGCUAACAGAACUCUAUUUGAAUCACCUGGGAAUGCUGGAAGGGGAUCCUUCAAAACAGAGCCUCUACAUCAAGGCUCGGGACAAUUUCCGCAGCUUUCUGGGCAGCCCCAAAAAUAAAGAGUGCCUGUUCAACAACCGGGCAACCAUUCACGAGCUGUUAGCCAGCCAUGGGGACACUGAAAAUAUGGUGCACUUUGCUGUCCUCAUGCACGACUACGAGCGAGUGAUAGCCCACCACUGCCAGCAUGACAACUACAGCGCGGCCCUGAAAGUCUUGUCCAAAAUCAAGGACGAAUCCCUUUUUUACAAGUUCUCUCCUGUAUUGAUCCAGCACAUCCCCAAGAUGGUGGUGGACGCUUGGAUUGAAAUGGGCAAGCAGCUGGAUGCGAGGAACCUCAUCCCUGCCCUUGUCAACUACAGUCAGAGCGGCAGCACGAAGCAGAUCAGCGAAGCCAUUCGGUACCUGGAGUUCUGCGUGUAUGAGCUGAAGGAAACUCACCAGGCCAUUCACAACUACCUGUUGUCGCUCUACGCUGUGUGUGACCCUAAAUCACUGCUGGUCUAUCUGGAGAAUGCAGGAUCCUACUCGGACAAGAUCCACUGCGACCUGAAGUAUGCGCUUCGGCUCUGUGCGGAACAUGGCCACCACCAGGCUUGUGUCCAUGUGUACAAAGUCAUGGAGAUGUAUGAGGAGGCUGUGGAUCUAGCUUUGCAGGUGGACGUAGAUAUGGCAAAGUCCUGUGCGGAUCUCCCUGAAGAAGAUGAAGAGCUGCGGAAGAAGCUGUGGCUGAAAAUUGCUCGGCAUGUGGUCCAGGAAGAAAAGGAUGUUAAGAAGGCCAUGGCCUGCCUUUCCAGCUGCAACCUGUUGAAGAUAGAAGAUGUUCUGCCAUUCUUCCCAGACUUUGUCACUAUUGACCACUUCAAGGAAGCCAUUUGCAGUUCUCUAGAGGCCUACAACAAGCACAUAGAAGAGCUGAAGACAGAGAUGGAGGAAGCAACGCAGAGUGCCAAGAGGAUUAGGGAAGACAUUCAGGAGAUGAGAAAUAAAUAUGGGUCUGUGGAGUCUCAGGAAAAAUGUGCAGCUUGUGACUUUCCACUUUUAAACCGCCCCUUUUAUCUCUUUCUCUGUGGCCACAUGUUCCAUUACGAUUGUCUUCUCCAGGAGGUUUAUCCAAAUUUGCCUGCCUAUAAGCAGGCUAAACUGGAGGACCUUCAGAAGAAGCUUUCGGCCACAGGCCAACCUUCCAAAUCCCACCAUCGCCCUAAGGACACGGACAUGUCUGGCCAAGGAAAGGGGCAGCCAACCCGGGAACAGAUGAAAGCUGACAUUGAUGAUAUUGUGGCAGCUGAAUGUGUGUACUGUGGAGAGCUAAUGAUCCGAUCAAUUGACAAGCCUUUCAUUGAUCCACAGAGAUAUGAAUCGGAGAUGCAGAGUUGGCUGUAGGGUCAAUGUGUCUCUGCU